AGAGAGAGGGGGAGAGAGAGAGAAGAUGGAAUAUGGGUAUGAGGAUAGAGAUAUUGAGGAGCCAUUGGUGCAGCAGCCGGCGGCGAAGAAGCAUGGGCCAAGCGGCGAGCUGGAGAAGAUAUUAUCGGACACAGAAUUGCCUUCCGUGGCUCGAAUCCGGCUGGCGGCUUGGAUGGAGCUGAAGCUGUUGGGUUAUCUGGCGGCGCCGGCGGUGUUCGUGUACAUGAUCAACAACCUCAUGUCUAUGUCCACCCGCAUCUUCUCCGGCCACCUCGGCAACGCGGAACUCGCCGCCGCUUCUCUCGGCAACAGCGGCGUUCAAACUUUUGCUUAUGGUCUCUUGUUGGGAAUGGGGAGCGCCGUGGAGACGCUGUGCGGCCAAGCUUACGGCGCCGGAAAAUACGAAAUGUUAGGAAUUUACUUACAAAGAUCGUCAAUUUUGCUCACUUUAGUCGCCUGUCUCUUAACUCUUCUCUACGUCUUCUCCAAACCCCUCUUGCUGCUCCUCGGCGAGUCGCCGGAAAUUGCUUCGUCGGCGGCCGUUUUCGUGUACGGCCUGAUCCCUCAAAUCUUCGCCUACGCCAUUAACUUCCCUAUCCAGAAGUUUCUUCAGUCCCAGAGCGUGGUGCUUCCCAGCGCCUACAUAUCGGCGGCGACGCUAGCGGUGCAUUUGAUGCUGAGUUGGGCGGCGGCGUAUAAGCUGGGGUUUGGGUUGUUUGGGGCGUCGUCGGUGCUCAGCCUGUCGUGGUGGAUCAUUGUGACGGCGCAGUUUGUGUAUAUUGUGAAGAGUGAGAGGUUUAAGGAGAGUUGGAGAGGGUUGAGUUGGGCGGCGUUUAAGGGGCUGCCGGAGUUCUUUAAAUUGUCGGCUGCGUCGGCGAUUAUGCUGUGCUUGGAAACUUGGUAUUUUCAGAUUCUGGUUUUGGUUGCUGGGUUGCUUGAUAAUCCUGAGUUGGCUCUCGAUUCCCUCUCCAUCUGUAUGACCAUUAAUGGAUUGGCAUUCAUGAUUUCUGUUGGCUUCAAUGCAGCUGCUAGCGUGAGAGUGGGCAAUGAACUAGGCCAUGGGCAUCCCAAAUCCGCAGCCUUUUCAGUGGUGGUGGUGGUAGCCAUUUCCUCCCUCAUUUCUAUACUCGUCGCCUCCGCCGUCCUUUCAUUCCGCAACGUCAUUAGCUAUCUCUUCACCGACGGCGCCACCGUCGCCGCCGCCGUUUCUGACCUCUGCCCUUUACUGGCCGUCACUCUCCUCCUCAACGGAAUCCAGCCUGUUUUAUCUGGCGUGGCUGUGGGAUGUGGGUGGCAAUCUUUUGUUGCUUUGGUCAAUGUGGGCUGCUAUUACUUUGUUGGCUUGCCCUUCGGUGUUCUCCUCGGUUUCCACUUUCAACUUGGAGCUAAGGGCAUAUGGCUAGGGAUGCUUAGUGGCACCGCGAUGCAAACGUGCAUUUUAGUAUGGGUGACCCUUCGAGCUGAUUGGAAUAAAGAGGUAGAGGAAGCAGUGAAAAGAUUAAACAAAUGGAAUGACACAAGCAACAGCCUUCCAAAGGAUAAGAGUUGAAGAAUUAAAGUUACUUUUAUUCAACCACUUUGAUAAUUGAAUUCAAUAAUUACUGUGCAUUAUUUAACCCUAA